CGGGAGAAGGCGACUCAGGCGGGGAACCUGUGGGUCUGGGUGUAAAAGGUGCAGUGACGGACGUGACUUCUUGCAUGCGAGUGGGGGCAGGGGAGCCACCAGCUAACGGUUAACAGGACGACAGCAAUGCGGAGGGGGUCUCAGGGGCCGGUGCCCUGCCUCUGCUUGGUUGGGCCCAGCAAAAGGAAACCUGAUAUUCAGAGAUGUGUCAGCACGGAAGCCAAAAACAACAGACAGGCCCCCGUAAGAAAAAGAUGGACCCUUGUCAUGGAAAAACACCAGCCUGGGGCGGGAGGACCUGGUGUGAACAGCUCCUGCUGGCGAAGUUUUCAGUUCAGACCCUUCUAUGGGGUUCCUUUCUGUCUCUGAGUAAGGCCCCAGGCCGGCCUCCCCGGAGCUGCAGGGUUCACUGUGUGACCAGCCCCUCCAAGCGCCUGGGGAGGGGGCAAGUCCCGCCUCAGGCAAGGACAGGAAACAGAGACCACGUGCCUCCUCCCACCCCCGUCCAGGGUGACGGGUCACUCAGUCCUGUGUCCCACCCACCUGAGGCACAGCCAGAUCGCCAGUCUUGAAAUCUCCCGGGAACGGACACUCCUGAGAAACCGGAACUACCCCGGAGAAGGAGCCCGCCGCCCCAGCGCUCACCCAGCACCUGAAACCACGCUGCUCAGGGCUCGGCUUCAGGAAGCUUCCAGCUUCUUCACCUGAGACCCCGCCUGCUCCCCAAAGCCAGAGAUGACCAAGGAGGAGCACGAGGUGGCCGUGCUGGGAGCGCCCCAGGGCCCAGGACCCGUGGUGUCCACCGUGGUCAACAUCCAGACAGAGACGGCCGUGCCCGACCACAUCGUGUGGUCCCUGUUCAACACGCUCUUCUUCAACGUCUGCUGCCUGGGCUUCAUGGCGUUCGCCUACUCCGUGAAGUCCAGGGACCGGAAGUUGGUGAAGGACGUGAUUGGGGCCCGGAGCUACGCGUCCACCGCCAAGUGCCUGAACAUCGCGGCCCUGGUCCUGGGCCUCCUCGGGACCAUAGGAUGCAUUGUUCUUCUGGUGUUUCUGCUCCCUGCAGUCUAUUAUUCCGUAGGGCAGAGCAUGUGGGGCCGCAGAGGCUACUAGUCUCUGCCCCUGGCAGAGGGACCACCCCCUCCCGGCCCUGCCCCC